UCGCUUUCUUCCCAGAAAGGGAGGAAGAGCAUUCAAUUUCUUUACCCACCCUACUCCGCAAAAAUAAAAUCCAUACAAAAUCAAAGAAAUAAUUUAAAAUAACAAGAAAAACUGUCAUGCAUUUAAUUCCACUAUUUCUCUGCCUCUUCAAAAUCCACAGAUUUCAUUUUCUCAGUCAGAUUAGAAGAGCCGUUCUGUUCUUUUCAUAAAAGAAAUCAAUACCCAUCUAUUCAAAUCUAGUUUUUUCUGCAUCAGAUUGAAGAAUUUGAGGUGAACUCUGGAAGGUGGAAAUGGGAUUCGUUGCAGCUAUGAAUAUUUGGUGUCUUGUUCAUCGAGCGAGGACCAUUUGUUUGUUUAUAGUCCUUCUCUUUGAUACUUGUAUUGCUAGUACUCAGAGCAUUGGUCGGAUUGCCCCUGUUUACGAAGGGUCUCAGAUGAAUUGGAUUGACAACCAAGGGUUGUUUCUGUUAUCUGAGGACAAGAACUUCGCAUUUGGAUUCAACCCUUUGUCAGAUAUCACGUCAUUUCUGCUGGUAGUGAUGCAUGUCGGCAGUUCAACAGUUGUCUGGUCCGCCAACAGAGGCUCUCCUGUCAGUAAUUCUGAUAAGUUCGUGUUUGGCAACGAUGGAAAUGCCCGCUUGGAACUUGGAAAUACUGUGAUUUGGUCGACCAAUACUACAGGGAAAGGAGCCGCCAUGGAGUUGCAAAAUUCAGGCAACUUGGUCUUGCUCAGUAAUGAUUCCAUGCCUCUUUGGCAGAGUUUUGACAAUCCUACUGACACCCUUUUAUCUGGUCAGAACUUCACGGUGGGAAUGAAACUGAUAAGCAAUCCCAAUAGCUACAACUUAAGUUUUCAUCUUGAAAUCAAUUCGGGGGAUUUGAUGUUUUAUGCGGACUUCCAAGCCCCACAGCCUUAUUGGUCUAUGCAGAAGGAGAGCAGGAAAACCAUUAACAACGUUGGCGGUGAUAUCUAUUUGGCAGCUUUAGAUUCCAAUUCAUGGAAGGCCUAUGAUCGGAAUCAAACUCUACUGUGGCAAUUCAUUUUCUCGCCUUCUUCCACUUCAAAUAUCACAUGGGCUGCCAUUUUGGGCAGCGACGGGUUGUUCUCGUUCUACAACCUUCAAAAUGGAAUAUCGGGUGAUGCAGAACAGAUGAAGAUUCCUCAAGAUUCAUGCCAAACGCCUGAGUCCUGUGGGCCAUAUUCUAUAUGUUACAGUAAUAACCGCUGCCGGUGUCCUUCAGCCCUCAACUCGGGGCCGAAUUGCAAUCCAGGUAUCAUUUCUCCUUGCAGCACGGUGGAUCUUGUGAAUAUUGAAGAUGGGCUUAGUUACUUUGCUCUCAAUUUCAUUUCGCCCGUUGCCAAAGCUGAUCUUACAGGUUGCAAAGAUUCAUGCAGAGGUAACUGCUCAUGCAUUGCUUUGUUCUUCGAUGAAAAAGCGGGAAAGUGUUUUUUGUUCGAUCAUAUAGGAAGCUUGCAACAGUCAGGCAACAACUCGCCCAGCUACAUUUCAUAUAUUAAGGUCCCAAGAAAUAGUGACAGUGGGUCAAAUCCCAGUGAUCAAGGAAGCAGUGGCAAGAAACGAUUCCCGUUCGUUGUGAUCAUAGCUCUGGCGACUGUACUGGUGAUUGUUACUUUAAUCUAUCUGGCAUUUCGAUGCCUACGGAAAAAGAAAGUACCUGAACCGCCACAAGGUUCCUCCGAAGAGGAUAACUUCUUGGAGAAUCUCUCCGGCAUGCCCAUCCGUUUCAGUUACAAAGACCUCGAAACAGCUACCAAUAACUUCUCCGUGAAACUUGGUCAGGGUGGGUUUGGCUCAGUCUAUCAGGGCAUGCUUCCAGAUGGUAGCCAAGUCGCUGUGAAGCAACUGGAGGGAAUUGGACAGGGGAAGAAAGAGUUCCGAGCUGAAGUUAGUAUCAUAGGCAGCAUCCACCACAUCCAUCUGGUCAGACUCCGUGGCUUCUGUGCAGAGGGCAGCCACCGGCUCCUUGCAUACGAAUACAUGGCGAAUGGUUCUUUGGAUAGAUGGAUUUUUCAGAAUAACCGAGGCGGGUCUCUAUUAGACUGGGACAAGAGAUUCAAUAUAGCUUUGGCAACUGCGAAAGGGUUGGCGUAUCUUCAUGAAGACUGCAGUGUGAAAAUAGUCCACUGUGACAUAAAGCCUGAGAAUGUGCUUCUAGAUGAUAAUUACUUAGCGAAGGUCUCUGAUUUUGGGCUUGCAAAAUUGAUGACCCGAGAACAAAGUCACGUGUUCACGACACUCAGGGGCACGAGGGGGUACCUUGCGCCAGAGUGGAUCACAAACUACGCUAUAUCAGAGAAGAGUGAUGUAUACAGUUUUGGCAUGGUGUUGCUAGAAAUCAUUGGGGGAAGGAAGAAUUUCGAUCCAGCAGAGAGUUCGGAGAAAGCCCAUUUUCCGUCUUAUGUUUUCAAGAAGAUGGAGGAAGGAAAAUUGAAGGAAAUCCUUGAUGCGAGGCUACGGUUUGAUGAACUAGAUGAACGAGUUUCAAUUGCGAUCAAGGUCGCUUUGUGGUGUAUCCAGGAAGACAUGCAUUUGAGACCGUCAAUGACUAGAGUAGUUCAAAUGCUCGAAGGCCUUUCAGAUGUACCUCAGCCCCCUACUUCUUCUCAACUUGGUUUCCGGCUAUACUCAAAUUUCUUGAAAUCAGUCAGCGAAGAGGGCACUUCUUCGGGACCAUCGGACUGCAACAGUGAUCUUUCAGCUGUGAGGUUAUCUGGGCCAAGGUAACGAAGGUACCCAUUCAGUAUCAGAGAUGAUCGGAAGAGCUGCUUUCCAGAGGUUGUAAUUUCUCUUUUCUUUUCUUGUUUUUUUAAUCUGUCUAUACCGGGAUAGUUGCUCAAGAUAAAAGUAUGAUGCAUGCACUUCAUGCAGUUCCAUGAAGUGCACCAGAACAUCUCUACCAUACACUUAAUGCAUGAAUGGCACAAUUCAGACUGUUGAUUUUGUGGGCCAUCACGUGGACAUGCCAUUUGCUGAAAGCAAGGCAGUCUAACAAUGGAAGCGAUCUGAACAUCGAGUUUGAGCAAAAGAAUAAUCAGGUGUCCGCAUUCAACAGUCAGAACUUGAAGGGAUUGGAUGCUCAGGAUUGUCCAAUCACUUCUCGGGCUAUUGGCCAUCCAUGCAGUGGCCCACCAUAUAAGUGGUUUCAAUUACCAUACACAUUUGCCGUAUGUAUGGCAGGAGCCAUAUUUCAAAGAUAUUCCAUUAAGUGUGCAUCAUAAUAAUGUAUCUUGAGUCUAGGUUUUGAGGCUGUUGAUGAAUUCCAUUUGCCGAAGCUCUGUGUUAAGCUUCAAGCUUCGCUGUAUUUUGUGUAGUCUGUAGAUUCAUUGUGCCAUAUUUACUAAAUUUGUAAGUCUUUUGAAAAUAAAAUAGAGUAAUUCAGAUGCCACUUACUUGCA